CAUAUCGCCUUCCAGAGUCUCCUCUACUGUCUGUAUCUUUAGGACACUAUGGUGCUGCUCAGGCCCCUGGUACUUCUUCUUGUCCUGGUUGUCUCUGACCUCCACUGCCUGCCCUGGUUCAUAAAUAUCUCUGAGAGCCAGGGACCGGGCACCGUUCUCCGGUUUUUCUCCUUGAACUGCUCUUCUCACACGCCUACCCUGAAGUUGCUCUAUGUGCAGCCACCCACCACUUUCUUCAACCCACCCAGCUUGACCAGGAGUCAGGGGAUCUAUGUGGGCAAGGUGACCUUGAGCAGCUCGGCACGGCUGGAUGCCCUGGCAGUGAACCACUAUGAGCUGCAGCUGAAAUUCACAUGUGGCAACUAUGUGAUGGAGGGACCACUCUUUGUGGAUGUGCAGUGGGAUCCUGGCCGUAUUCAGUGUGCUGGCCGAUUUGCCAGCCCAGCUGGGGAAAUCAUUCAGGUGCCAGAAACAGUCACACCUGGGGCCCGGCUGUACACCCUGCUGCUUCCAGGCCUAGAACUCCAGGGAGCCCAGAUGAGUAUCACCAGUGCCCAGGAUCCGCCCUACUUCCCUGGACCUUUCUCCAUAAAUCAGCAGGGUUGGCUGCAGGCACCACCCCAGGGCCUCAAAGGCCAGGCUCAAAAGGCCUUCCGCCUUCAGAUCCUGGUGAAGUUUGGGCGAAACCAAAGCUGCAGUGGAAUACUGAUGGUGAAAGUUUUGCCUGCUCCCUCCAGCCACGUGUCCUUCCUGGAGCAGGAGCAGAAUAUCACCAUCCCCGAGGACGUGGCCCCUGGGAGUAAGGUGGUUCAGGUCCAGGCUCGGGGCUUCGACGUGCGCUACGAAAUCGUCUCUCCGGCGCCCUGCCCGCUCUUCUCCAUCGGACGCGCGGACGGCGUUAUCCGGACCACCGCGCCCCUGGAGCUGGGGCCCGCCGCUGACACGGCGGUCACUACGCUGCUAGUAAAGGCCUUCGAGCGGCUCCGGCCGUGGGCUAGCGUUGAGCUCGAUCUCACUGUGACCGUGCGGCCGGUCAACCGUUGGCCCCCGCGCUGCCUCCCAGCGCUACUGAUCAUUCAAAUCCCCGAGACCACGCCAGUAGGUACCGUGCUGAGCACCUUUACCUGUGCUGACCCGGACUCUCCUGGCUCUACUCUCGACUACCGGCUGCGAUUCCACAGUCCUCCUGGCUCAACCAGCCUCUGCUUUAACGACAGGGUCCUGGAGGUGAAUGACACACUGGACUGUGACACUCCUGGGGCCUGCUUUCAGCACACAGCCUCCAUCCUGGUGCUCGAUGGUGGUCAGCCCCUGAUGACCACUGAGGUGCCAGUACUGGUGAUGGUGACACCUGUCAACGAGUUCUCCCCAGCCUGUGUCCCACGCACAUUCCGAGUUCGGGAGGAUGCAGGGCUCCGCACCGUGCUGGGCUCUGUGGUGGGCAUGGACAUGGAUUACCCGCACGACAGCAUUGAGUACUACGUCUCUGGAGGGUCUGGCACCUUUGCUGUGGACCGUGUCAGCGGGGAGAUCCACCUCCUGGGGCCUUUGGACUAUGAACAGCAGAGGGUGUACAGGCUCACUGUCCUAGUGACUGAUCAUAGCCAAGACCAGGACCCCACCUGCUGCUCAGGCUCCUGUACCAUUACCAUUGAGGUUGAGGAUGUGAAUGACCAUGUCCCCGAGUGUGAGCCCCCAUUUCAAGAACUCACUGUCUACACUUCCCUGGGCCGUAGCAUGGAAGUGACCAAGGUGUCAUGUCGGGUCCCUCAGGAGCCACAGCGCCUGGCCUUCUCCUACAGCAUCAUAGGAGGGAAUAGCCAGAGCCGAUUCAGCCUGCAAGGAGCCGUCCUGGUGCACAAUGACCUCACGUUGGGCCCCCCCUGGCCAGAGCAGCCUCAUUCUUAUGAGCUAUUGAUCCGUGUGGCUGAUGCAGGUCCCUCCAUCCCCAACCUCAGCACCACAGCUACCGUUGUUGUGCAUCUAGUUCCCUGGAGGGCCAGCACGGUGGCCACCAGAACCCACAGAACCACAGUGCCUUCAGUGAUGACACCCCUGCUUGUGACAGGCAUGGAGACUUCCUGGCAGCCGGAGCCCUGGUUUGUGGUGGUGCUGACAGUGACCAGUGCCCUUCUCCUCGUGGCUCUGGGCUGGCUCCUCGGCAGGCUCCUCCGGGGGUUGGCCCAGGUGCUACCAGCACCAAGCAAACCAGCCCAGGCUCUGCUGCUAAACAGUAUCCAAGGAACUGAGGGGUCCAUUGAGGGAUUCAUGGAGGCACCGAGGACAGAGACACCCCAGGCACCCAGCAGCGUCAUGAACCUGCAGCAUUUUGAUGGCAGAGCACAGGACUCCCGUGAGUCCCCUUCCUCUCAACCCAUUCUCCCCCUGGGCCCACAGUCUCUCCCUACGCCAUUUUAGUGUCUCCUCCUACCACCAGGCAUCCACCACCUACUCUUUCCCUAAAAGGAGUCAGCUCUCACCCCUACUCGCUUUUCAGCCAAUGUUUAUCAAACGCCUGUAGGACCAGGAGAUGACUCAGAGCUGGUCUGGUUCCUGCCCACAGUGAAAGGGGAGAAGGUGGCAAGGGGAGAGGCCCCCAGAUACUCCAUUUGCACCAGUGAAUUAUGGCAGAAUAGUGUGGCACUGGGCUUAGGGGAGCUAGUGUCCAGUUUUGGGGGAUCAAGGAUGCUUCUUGUGCACUUGAGCCAGACCUCAAAGGAUUUGCUGAGAAAGGGGACAGGUUGGAUCAAGCCGGGGUGGGGGUGGUACACCCCAAGGGUCCUGAGACAUCUUCUCCUACCCUUAGGGGAGGGAGGCAGUUCUGCUGAGGCCAGCAAUGCUGUCUCUCUUUCCUGACCACCUGAGCUCAGGUACAGGCAGAUAUUACCUGUUUGACACACGCUCGGGAGCCCGGCGCUGGCUCUGAGGCCAAGAAGCUGCUUCACUGUGUGAGAAUUUCUCCU